AUGGCUUUCUUCAGCAAAUCAGUCAAGGGCCUCGCCGCUCGUGGUAGCAGGGCUUCGCUUUCGCCUUCACCUUCACAUCUAACUCAAACACCCUUUCCUGCAAUCCGAAGCAGAACCAGUUCAAUCCCAGGACAUCGCAGCUUUCACCUGAGCGCCGUAGGAGAUGCCGUCCUGUGGACAGCUGACAGUAUCACCUUCAUCCACCAUGCCGGGCUGCCCUGGUUCAUCUCUAUUCCCCUCGUAGCUGUCGGCGUCAACUUUUCAUUUCGACUCCCAAUUCAGUGCUACACAAGGCGCCUCGUGGUCACCAGAAACAAGUUGACGCCUCUUGUCACAGCCUGGAGCUCCCGACAUGCGGCGACUGUGCCGAAAGGCCAAGGUGAAGAUGCAGCCCGACUUUGGCGGUUGCGGGUAGCUGGUUUGACAGAGCGGUCUCGUGCACGGAUAUAUAAAAGCUGGGGUGUCCAGAGAUGGAAGUCAUUUGCCCCUUUCCUGAGCAUGGCUCCCUUCAUUAUCGUCUCAGAAGCUCUCAGACGCCUUUGUGGUGCCCCCACGGGAUGGCUCAGCCAUUCAUUUGGACUGGUAGAUAUCCAGGCUGUUUCAUCUGCCGUAGAGAUGUCUCGCCGCUAUCUUGAUGAAUCCCUGGUGGACGGCGGUUGUCUCUGGUUUACAGAUCUUACCGCCAUGGAUCCUUAUUAUGCGCUUCCCAUCAUCUGCUCGGCACUGCUUGCCCGGACGUCAUGGGGGAGGCUGUCAAAGGACCAGCUUCGGGCCUUGCUGAGUGUCAGUCCGCCUCAGAUGCCACAAACACCUGCUACCAGGAUUCGGACAGCGGUAGGCCGAACACUUCUUUUAGUCCCCCUCUUCCCCAUCCUCUUUGCCGACCUACCCAGCGCAAUUUUCUUGUACUGGGCAUCGACGUUUGCCCUCAACGAUGUCAACGAGGCCAUCCUAGGGAGACUAUAUCCACAAAAAUCACCGGCAUCUUCAAAACCUACUCCGAAGCCGGCGGCAGUACUGCCAUAUCUACGAGGAGUGGUAGAUUCCAAGGAACAGCCAGGUCCGAAUAGAUAA